AUGCGAAGGCCAAGCCAGACCAGCAGUGAGGAUUCCUUUCCAAAUCUGAAGGUGAUGUGCGAGAGGCAAGAUAGUGGUUCCAGCCAGAGUAGCAGCUGCAGCAAAGUUCCUGGGCGAAGCGUGGAACCUGCAGACAGCAUGCUGGAGCUGAUACCAGUUCUGGUAGAACAAGUUGCCCAGAUGGAAGUGGUAAACCCAGAAGUCAUGAGGGUGACGCCGGUGUUUCGCGCGUUGGAGCAGUUUGCGAGAGCAUUGCGUGCUGAAUCUGCCGGGGACUUCUACUUCAAGAGCCGCCAGACUGAGAGGAUAUCGACAUUUUGGAGUCACUCUUGGCACGGAGGGCAUUGGAAGAAGAUCCUCGCAAUUAUCACCUUCUACAACGGCACUGCUGCAGUAGCCUUGGCUUUGCUCACCGGGGUAUUGGUGAUGGUGCUCUUCUGUUUUGGAACUCUGCCUGGAAUUGACCGCGGAUGGUAUUUUAGUUUGCAGUGGUCUUGUUGGUCAACUUGUUCAGGGUUCGUCGUCGCGAGUUUGGCAAUGAUUUUCUGGCGGCCGCAGACUGGAAUCUUCCUCGACCGCAUUUGCAUCAGCCAGAACAAUGAGCGCCUGAAGACGGAUGCCAUCCUCAGCCUAGCUGGUUUGCUGAAGCACUCCGAUAACAUGCUCAUUCUGUGGGACCCAACAUGGACACAGAGGUUGUGGUGCUUGUUUGAGCUGGCCGCAUUCCUCAAGAGCAAGAAGAAGACGUCAGGGCAGCACCUUAUUGUCAGGCCCAUCUUCAUGGGACCUCUUUCAACCUUAGCCUUCCUUACAUUCUUCGCCAUGGCAGUGCCGAUCACAACAGCACCGGUCAACAACAUAAGAUCGGUCGUCACACUCAUGGGGGCCAUUGCAUCAUCGUUUUGCGCGGUUGCGUUCCCGACUGCUAGCACUAUCCGAAGCUACUUUCGAGACCUGGACACUAUGAAGCUGCAGUUGUUGUCGAUUUCUGUUGAUUCUACAAGAAGUUCAUGCUGUGACCAGAAGCAUGUGACCCGUUCGGGCGGCCCUAUGAUCUGUGACCGCAAGAUCGUGAAAGAGUGCUUGAAGAUUUGGUUUGGCAGCGAGUCAUCGUUUGAGGACACGGUGCGCACGGAGGUUUUGGAUAUAUUGAACCGUGACCUCACCGAAAAGGUAUUCAGUACUCCAUGGGCUUUGGGUGUGACUUCUCCACUGAUUCUGGCUUUCAUGGACGUCUCCGCCAGCUGGACUCACGUCAAUAAUGAGUGGAAGGAGGAGAUGUGGUCUCAUCCUGCUAUUGCUCUUCUGCUCGAAGGUUUGGUGCUUUGGUUGUUGUUCGUCCCACCUACCAAGGAUCUUCUGAUACUUUUGCUCAGGCUUGCUCGGCGGAGACCCAGGAGUACUUGUCUUGAGCUUCUCAAGAACGCGAUGGUGUUGGGAACUGCAGCUGUCCCCGUGCUUUUAGUGAUCGUAGCUUAUGCCAUCACUCGUUUUGCUGACCUUGUUGUUUUCGACGCUGAGAAUGCCACUCUUCGCGCGGUGAGUUUUGGAUGCUGCACGCUGCUUAUAGCACUGUGCAACUUCCUGUUGCAACUUGGUCUGAAAGCACUGCUGCAACGGCCUGGAUGGUAG